GGAGCCGCGGCAGCGUGAGGGAGCGGCCGCCGGUUUGGUUCGCGAACGGAGCAGUUGUGUGCGGAGCGGCGGGCAGCAGCUCUCCUCGCAUCCGUGCCCAUGGCGCUGCCGGUGACGCGCCGCGCCCCUAUCACUAGAGGGAUGGAGAAUGCUGUGUCUGACCUUAAAAGUAAAGCGAAACCUCAUGUGACUGGCAAAAGGGCUGCUUUAGAAGAAAUAGGAAAUAAAGUUGCAACAAGAGGAACGCACAUAUCUAAGAAAACAGAAUGCCCCAAAGCAUCCAUAAAGCCUGUGAAAGUACCUAGUAAGAUGACAAAUGGAAUUGCACUGCCUAAAGCUCCACCUGCUGUGAAUCAAGCAAACAAAGAAACUGAUGUUCCAAAGGUUCUGUCUCCUGUCCCUAUGGAUGUAUCAAUGCAAGAGGAGGAUUUGUGCCAAGCCUUCUCUGAUGUGUUGCUCAACAACGUAGAAGACAUUGAUGCUGAGGACUGGGAGAACCCCCAGCUGUGCAGUGACUAUGUCAAAGACAUCUACCUGUACCUGAGGGAGCUCGAGCUGCAGCAAUCGGUCCGGCCACACUACCUGGACGGGAGGACGAUCAAUGGGCGCAUGCGUGCAAUUCUGGUGGACUGGCUUGUCCAGGUGCACUCGAGAUUCCACCUCCUGCAGGAAACACUGUACAUGUGUGUGGCGAUCAUGGAUCGCUUCUUACAGAGUCAUCCAGUACCUCGCAAGAAGCUUCAGCUGGUGGGCGUAACAGCGCUGCUUGUAGCUUCAAAAUAUGAAGAGAUAUUGUCUCCUGAUGUAGCAGACUUCGUUUACAUUACCGACAAUGCCUACACCAGUAAUGAAAUUAGAGAAAUGGAGAUGAUUAUUCUUAAAGAAUUAAAUUUUGAUCUGGGACGACCUCUUCCAAUUCACUUCUUAAGAAGAGCAUCAAAAGCUGGGGAGGCCGAUGCUAAGCAACACACUCUAGCAAAAUACCUGAUGGAGCUGACACUGAUAGACUAUGACAUGGUUCACCAUCGUCCUUCAGAGAUUGCAGCUGCUGCAUUGUGCCUGUCUCAGAAGAUUCUGGGACAUAACAAAUGGGGUACAAAGCAGCAGUACUACACUGGCUAUGCAGAGGACAGUCUUGUGAUGACCAUGAAACAUAUGGCCAAGAAUGUGGUCAAAGUAAAUGAGAAGUUAACAAAAUACAUUGCUAUCAAGAAUAAGUAUGCAAGCAGCAAACUACUGACCAUCAGCACCAUCCCUCAGCUGAACAGCGAGAUCAUUAGGGAUCUGGCUGCAUCACUCUUGUGAAGCCCUGGGCAGCAGGGCCUGAUGGGGUGUGCACUUUGUCUACUGCUUUUGUACAUAGCAUUCCAGCCUCCCGCAGACAGUUCCGACUCACGCAGAAGGUGACAUUUUAAAUUUGCUUUGUAACACAGCUUUCUAUCUAAAAAUAAAACUCCUUUCUUUUAAA